UGUUCAACGUGAUGUUCGUGACAUCAGCCUUACCACUAGCCACGCAAUCGUGCGUCGUGCUUCUAUUUUUUGCCCUAAAAAGCUAUUUUUGAACAGGGGUGCACCAACGUGCUUUAGACUCUGACGGAGAAGACAAUAUAAGUAGCUACAGAGACCGCAAGCUUUAAGUACUUUCAUGUCCUUUUCAAAGCUGCCAUCGUGUCAAUGCGCAAUUGCGCAGCCAGCAAACCACGAGCUGCGGCAAGUGGCAACAAGGGGGCCUGAAAAGUAACGCUGCGCGUCUCAAGAAAAAUCCUUCUGCUGUGACCCUGUUCCCAAGAAACGGACUUCCAAAUGUCCUCACGAUAAUCAGGUGAGCUCUCCCCCUGCGACGUAAUCGUGGACGCUGUUGGAGGGGACUGAUUCGUUCAUUGAAGACAUCUGGAGGCUGGGGAGAGUAUGGACUCAAAUAUGUUGUGACUGCAACUCACGAUGACUGAUCGCAGCAGGACUGUGGAUGCACUCUUUAAAAGGUUGGAUGUUUUAAAGGAAGCACCAUGGACGCAGCGGACAUAGUUGCUUCCGUUUUGGUUUUGGGGAUUAUUAUCGUGUCUUUGCUGUCCAACGUUGUGGUGCUGAUCUGUUUUCUGUAUAAUCCAGAGAUCCGCAAACAGGUACCCGGUCUUUUCAUUCUCAACUUGACGUUUUGCAACCUGUUGCUAAGCGUGUCCAACAUGCCACUAACUCUGGUCGGGCUCAUCAGCCCAGGCCACCCCGGAGGCAGCGGCUGCUGCCAAAUUGUGGGUUUCCUCGACACUUUUCUUACCACUAACUCCAUGCUCAGCAUGGCAGCUCUCAGCAUCGAUAGGUGGGUGGCGGUGGUGUUCCCUCUGAGCUACCACUCAAGAAUACGGCACCGGGAUGCAGUGAUCGCGCUGGCAUACACGUGGAUACACUCACUUUGCUUCUCCACAGUGGCCACCUGCCGCUCCUGGGUCGGCUAUCAUCACCUUUACGCAUCGUGCACUCUCUGCAAUGACAGGGCGAAGGCAGCCGGAACGCAGUUCAUCAUUUUCACCGUGGCUUGUCACUCUCUCACUUUCCUCCUCACGCUGAUCGUAUUGUGUGUAACGUAUCUGAAGGUGCUGAAAGUUGCUAGGUUUCACUGUAAACGCAUCGACGUGAUCACUAUGCAGACGCUGGUGCUGCUUGUGGAUAUUCACCCCAGUGUGCGCCAAAAAUGCUUGGACGAGCAGAAGCGGAGGAGGCAGAGGGCCACCAAGAAGAUCAGUACGUUCAUCGGCACAUUUGUGGUGUGCUUCACCCCUUAUGUCAUUACAAGAAUUGUAGAGCUCUUCUCCCUAUGGCCCAUAAGCCCUCACUGGGGUGUGCUGUCCAAAUGUUUGGCCUACAGCAAGGCAGCCAGUGAUCCAUUUGUCUACUCGCUGCUCCGUCACCAGUACAGGAAGACCUGCAUCCUUCUGGCCAACAAAAUCCUUAAGAGGAGUUCACUCAACACCUCCUCCCAUUGGAUGGAGAACAGCGUAGGGAGGAUCGCCAACAAUUCUAACACAACUGACAACAUCCAACCACCUAGCAACAAGCCACUUGGCCAGUGAAGCUCAUCGCUUUAAGAGACAAUAAGGGUACUUUACCAUGCAUAUGGUGUCAUGGAUUCAAGAUCUUACUUUUGAGGUUAACACUUGUGAGAAUGGGGGUGAAUAUCAGGGUUAGCUUUUCACCUACUUUUUGUUGGUGGACAAGGCUGGCAAUAGUCUUUAUUGUGAACAAAUCCCAUUAGAAGACCAAAACAGACAAUAUGACUUUCCCAGGCUGUCUCUGGAACCCAAAGCUCAUGUGUUCCUACCGAGGACAUAAGUCUUUAAAAUAGGUCACAAAUAAAUACCCUCAAUUUAAAACAGGCUAAACAAUUUUCUUAAACAGCUGAUCACUGCAGUUGUUGGCAACAGUUCCUAAAACAGCAGCAGAUUUGGUACACACUAGACUUAGAAUUAGACUUAGACUUAGCUUUGUUAAGUAGUUCACUAGCGAAUAUUUACAGCAUCUUGUAAUUCAUUUAAAACAAACUACAGUGUUAACCUUUCUGGUAAUGAAGGACCAUGUGUAUAUGGCUCAUAUAUGUGUUUUAGUUUAUAUAUAGUUUUUGGACAAAAAUGUAAUUUCAAAGCACAGAUUAAUAAUCUAUAUAAGACUUAGGGAAAUAAUUGUCAGUAGGAUCAAUGCAUUGAAAAGUUAGAAGAUACUUUAAAGGAGAAUAGAUCGACCACCUUUGUAAGUUGUGUGUGUAGGUUGUAAUGGCAUUAAGUAUUUCAAUACAAUGUAAUACUGUCUUUUUCAGCAAAGAGUGACUGUUUCUAAUGGUAUAAUGUGUAGCAUACUGGUGAAUGGGUGUUAAAUGGCCUCUGUAACAUGGUGACAAAUCUGUUAAUUGUGUCAGUAAAGAAAGAAACUAAAAUCCUAAUGUUAACAGGAUUGUCACUCUCAAACAUCAGGACAGAGGCACUGUUAUCACUCCCAAAUAGAUUAGCAGGUCUCUUUGGACUAACACUAGACAACAACGAAAUCUUAAAGCUACAUUGUGUAACGUUUGUACAUUAUCAAAAUCUGUGUAACCUGUUCACAAACUUGUCCUUUUUAUGAAUAUUGUUCACCAUUAUCAUUUUCAAGUAUUCCUAUUGGCUUGAAAUUUUACAUUUGUGCUUGCAUGAACUGGGGUAGACUCUCCAUAGUCAUGCGCCAUCUUGAAAUACUUUAGUUUUCGACUCACAGCUGCGGCUAACGGGUAUCGUCGCUUCCCAGCCCUGGAAAGUUUGAACAAGGCAACAAAGAGGACCACACGUAUUCAAAAUCCAAAUUUCAGGAACAGGAG